GAGUUUCGCGUUAUAUCCGCGAUAUUUUAAUGCAAAUCGAACAUCUAAUGCAACAAAUCCGUCGAUUCGCCAGCACCAUGAAAGAACCACUCGCCGUUUGCCUGGCCAUAGUGACCAAUUUCCUGCUGGCCCAGGGCUGUAACGAGAGCAAUUGCGCCCCGGUGGUCAGCAUGUGCCUGCUGACCCGGUCCUGCAAUUGCGACGUGCAGAACGAAACCUGCUACGCCUCCUGUCACGCCUGUUUGGGCAAGGACUUCAUCGAGUGUUGCUCCUGCGUGGAUGUGUGCCCGUCGAAAAUGGAUUAUGAGCCGGAUAAACUGUCAACUGUGGAAGAUCUCGAUGGACCAAUUCCGGAAUUGUUCAAAGCGCUGUUGGAAAUAGACGAUACGAAGCACUGGAGUACCGAAACGUACGAAAAUUACUACACGAAUUCGAAAGGGAAUUUAAUGAACACCAAUUGCAGCGUGAUAUGGUGGAAUAAUUGCAUGAGUUUCCGCAAGUGCAAACAGAGUUGCAAUUCGGUGGGCGCCAAUAGUUUGAGGUUGUUUCAUAACGGAUGCUGCGAGUGCGUGGGAGAGAAGUGCAUUAAUUACGGGCGAAGUAAAAGCUUAUGUACUGCCUGCCCGCGUCCUGAUAACGAGGAAGAAGAGUACGCGAUAGAAGAUGAUGAUAAUGAUCUAGAGAUGGAUUAUGGAGAAGAUUUUGAAGAAGAGUAACAAAAACGAUUCGUACAAAUUAGCUGUUAAUAUUGGGAUGAAGCGGGUGCUGCUUCAUAGAUGAAGAAAUUUCGGAAACAGUAUUAGUGUAUAGUAAAUUUUAUUCUACAAGCUUGUUAGUUGUUAGAUUUGCGUUAAUGUUAUUGUUUUAUCGUGUUUUAAUAAACGUUUAUGAAUUU